CGUGUAGAAAGACAAUCGAAUUUUAUAUUUCUUUACUUUUCUUUUGAAAUAAACAACCUACACAAGUUCUCACGAAUUCUUUCGUCUAUAUUAUAUUUUGCUUUAUUUUCUCCCCACAACAUUUUUUUUCGUGAACUACAAUGAACUCUCCUGCUGACUUGUUUCCCGCUGGUUUGACCCCUGUUCCUGAGGAGGCUACCUUGUCCCCCAUGUCUGCGGAUGAAUUAUUCUCUGACUUGAGUGAGCCCGUCCUCUUUCCGGAUGCUGCCCCUGGUUUUGGUUCCGUUUCUGGUUCUGGUUCCCCUCCCGUUGGUAGAGAAGUAGCAACUGCUUCCUCCUGUGUGGCCGUUCUCAAGGCUGAAUUGGGCAACCACAUCGAGGCCUUCAGCGCUGCUCAUGUAGCAAACAAUGAGCAAGCAGCUGAUGAUGCACUCCGCAGGAUCGAGCGCACAAGAUUGGCAAUCACUAGCCUUGAAAAGUGCAGCGAGAUGCUUGCCUCUCCUGGUACAAACACAGAGAGAGCUGGCCGUGAAGGAGGGUUGACUCUCAACAGAAGAGAUCUUCCCAAAUUCCAAUUGGCCUCCAGUAUUAUUAAGCCCUUCCCAAAUGAAGAGGUUUUUGAAUCAGUUGGACAUUUCCUACGUACCUUCAAGAAUGUGAUCGAGUCUUCUUCCUUGGACAUCGAGAGAGUUUGGAAGAAAUUCCUCCCACUUUGCCUGCCUCACACUGAUGACGGAUGGGUAGAGAUGGAUCUUAAGAAGUGUAUUGAUUGGAAGGCGGCGAAAUCAUGCUUCAACAAAAGACAUGGUUCCAGCUUGGUGUCUCGGCGAUUCACAGACCAGGUCUUUACAAUGAUGAUGAAGAACACUGAGUCCAUCGGUGAUUACUCGAAGAAGUUCCUCCGUGCGGUUUACAAUGCUGGUUUACCCAAAGACGAUGCUCGCAUCGCUGAUCGCUUCCUUGCCUCGCUGACCUUAUCAGUGCAAACACUGGUAAGAGUUACCAUGGCCCGCUCUGGUCCCAAUGGGGAGUCCAAGCGUGAUUGGACUGUAGAGCAGAUCACGCAGAUCGGCAGAGACAUCCUUGGGGAUGACAACAGGCUCUAUGCUGAGGCGACCCGAUUGAUUCCUGGUUCCCGUGGGCAACCUGAGAAGAAUAACGAGGAACAUCCCAGAAAGAAGCUUCACCACUCCAACAAGAUAACCAAGCAUGAGAAGACAUUUUUCUGCUCGCACCAUGGAAAAAACCCGACCCAUGAGUCCAGCAAGUGUUUUACCUUGAUCAACCGCAAGAACAAAGCCAAUCUCACUUUGCGUUUAGUAGCUGAGGGGCCUCGGGAUCAAAGACGGUACAAUGCUCCAACUGCAAGUGAAAUAGCAGUUCUUAUUAUGAAUAAUGAAGAGGGUACUUCAAGAGACAUUGUGCUGCACACCAGAGCCAACUUCCAACAGAACAUCAAUGAGUACCACCGAUCUUAUGAUGCUUUACACUAUGUGCUACUCUUUCCACAUGGUGAAGAUGGUUGGACCAUUGAUGCCAGCUCAUUGUCAGGAGAGCAUGUCACAGUAAUGCAAUGGUACUCAAACCGUUUGAUGUAUCGACGCAACACACAGCACCUCCUCCAUCUUUUUGGCCGUCUCUUUCAACAAUAUAUUGUUGAUAUGUAUGCCAAAGUUGAGCACGAUCGGCUGCACUUCAUCACCAGCAAUCAAAAUCGUCUCCGUGUAGAUCUUUAUAGUGGAAUUCAGGAUGCUGUUAUCCAUAACGAUUAUGGGACGGGAAAGACAUUUGUCUUUAAUGCCUUGCUUCAAAAAACUCGCCAACAAGGAAAAAUUGCUCUUGCAGUAGCAACAAGUGGAAUUGCUGCAUUGCUGCUAGACGUUCGUCUUGCAUUCGCAAUGACAAUAAACAAGUCACAAGGUCAAACUCUUGAGAGUGUUGGAUUAUAUCUCCCUGCCCCAGUAUUCUCCCAUGGCCAGCUGUAUGUUGCUCUAUCCCGGGUCAGAAAACCUUCUACAAUCAAGAUAAUGCUUGAUACACCAGCAAACUCCAACGAAACGGCAAAUACUGUAUUUACAGACAAUGUUGUAUUUAAGGAAGUCUUUGACAUUUAG